AUGCAAGGGGAUGGAAAUAAUGAGAAUUGUCAAGUUGAAUAUCUAGAACCUCCGGUCAAAUCGGAGAAUGACAAGAAGGAAUAUAGAGCUAUCAGAUUACCAAAUGGUUUAGAAGCUUUGCUAAUAUCCAAUGAAGAUUCAUGCUCUUCUCAACAUCAAGAUAUAAAAAAUGAAAUGAAGGUUGCAUGUUGCUUAUGUGUGAAAACAGGAUUUUUCGAAGAGCCACCAGAAUUUCCAGGCAUAUCAUUUUUUUUCGAGCAUAUCCUUUUGACUGAAUUUAACGAAUAUUGCAAAAAACAUGAUUUAGAAAAAUUUUUCGAGAAAUAUGAAGGCAAUUGCAAUUGCUUACUUCAUUACGAAUAUACAUCGUUCGUCUUUGAUAUUCAAAAAGAACAUUUUUUAUCAGUUCUCAUUAAUUUUGCUGAAUUUUUCACUAACCCUUUACCAGAAAAAGAUGUAUUUAUGCAGAAUCGAAACGACAUAAAAGAAGAAUUUCAGACAGUUUUAAAUUUAGCCAAGAAUAAAGUUCAUCAACCACUGCUUUGCUCCUUUACGCGAACUAAUCAUCCAAUCAACAAGAUUUUUGAGGAUCGUAUUAUGAAAGUGCACGAAAAUUUGGAUUACACGAAAUUAUAUGAAGAGUUACAUAAAUUCAAAGAGCGCUAUUAUAGUGCUCGCAAAAUAAAGCUGGUUAUACAGGCAAAAUUACCGCUAAAUACAUUGGAACAAUAUGUCACAACUGAUACGUGUUUUAUUAAUAUACCAACUAACAAACUAUCUCCCGAUGACUCUACCGAAUUAAUAAAAAAUGAUGUUCCUUUUGAUACUGCCGUUUUUCAAAAAAUAUAUAAAAUUUCUUCGAAACAUGGACAACUAGAAAUAACAUGGGCCAUGCCUUCGCUAUAUCCUUUAUAUAAAAGUAAACCAGAUCAAUAUAUCUCACAGUUUAUUGGACAUAAAGGAAAAGGUUCCCUAAUUAGUUAUCUAUGCGAAAAAAUGUGGAAUAUUUCUCCUUCCAAUGAGGAAAUUUGUUGCAGUAUACAUACUUUCACGUACAGCUUAAUUAAGAUUAUUAUAAAUCUCUCCAAGAAAGGAAAACAGAAUGUGAAGGAAGUUCUAGAUGCGAUAUUUUCCUAUAUCAAUUUGCUAAAGAAGGAAGGUCCGCAGAAAAAAAUUUACGACGAGUUUAAUGAGAUUUCAAGAAAUACUUUUAGAUAUUUUGAUAAAAAUCCAGUGGAUAACGUGAAGAGUUUAUGUAUAAAUUUACACACGUAUCCGUCGCGCGAUUAUAUAACUGGAAACAAAAUUUAUUUUGAAUAUGAUCCAGAAGCUAUAACAAAAAUUUUGAAUUAUUUGACGCCAGAGACUGCAAAUAUUAUGAUUUUCGACAAUGACUUUGGUAAUCUAAAAUUAGAUAAGCUCGAUUCAUGGUCGAAAACACGAUAUACAGACAUCAAGGUACCACACGAAUGGCUCGAACAUUGGAAAUCCGUCGAGCCAUUGUCAGAUUUUUAUUUACCGGAGAAGAAUAUAUAUCUUCAUAUUGAACAUUCUUUAGAACCAUUGCCUGCAAAUGUUCCAAAAUAUCCUAUAAAAUUAUACAGUAACAGUAUAUCAGAGCUUUGGUAUCGCCCGAAUCCCAAGUUUCGUUUACCAAGAUCUUAUAUGUAUACACAUUUUAUUUCCUCUCUAGGACCUCAGUCACCGGAAAAUGCCGCUCUCAUGACAAUAUACUGCAACAUGAUAAAAUUACUAGUAGUGGAAGAAUUAUAUCCAGCUAUAGAGAGUGGGUACACUUAUGACAUCAGUGUUAGUGAGAAAGGAAUUAUAACAAAAAUAUCCGGACAUAUGCCGAUCAUAUUGUUGUUAACUAUAAUAAAAAACAUGAUGUAUUUGAUGGACUGUUCGAAUGUUUUGACGGAAAUAUUUGAAAUGAUCAAAGAUCAACAAGUUGAUAUUUAUAACGAUGCAUUUACUAAACCUAAAAUACUCGCUGAGGAUGUGAGAUUAUGGAUAGUAAAAUUAGUCCAUUAUACAUACGUUGAUAUGCACAAUGCUCUACAAAAUGUCAGUUUUGAAGAAUUUCAAAAUUUUGCAAAAUUUUUUGUCAAACGUCUAUACAUUCAGUGUCUCGUGCAAGGCAAUAUAACGCAGGAUACUGCGAUAGAGUCUAUGCAACAAUGUGUUGAAACAUUUAAAUGUAACUCUUUACGUUCUAAUAUGAUACAACCGAAUAGAGUCUUUCAGUUACCCUUGGGCACAAGUUAUUGCAAAUUGAAAAAUAUCAACAAACAUGAUCCAACUUCCGUUGUGGUAAAUACUUAUCAAAUCGAUGUCAUGUCAAUUGAGUUAUCAGUGUUAAUGAGACUAAUGAUCAUGAUAAUGAAAAAACCGUUGUCAAUGCAAUGCCAAUUAAAAAAUCAAGAUUUUUUUAUACAACAUACUUCAUGCGACUGUACGGAUGUCGAUGGAAUUUUAGAAUAUUCUAUUAGUGCCACAUAUUCAAUGAUAAAUGAAUUAUACACAACUGAAGAAAUUAACAAGUGGCUCGAUGGAUUUUUAGCAUUUUUUAAAAAAUUUUUGAAUGAAUUCUCAGAAAAUGACUUAGAUGAUGUUAAGGAAAGAUUAAGAAUACUUAAGCAACAUGCUGAUAUAAAUAUUGAAGAAGAAAUUAAUAGAAACUGGAAUGAGAUCAUAAAAUGUCAAUACAUGUUUGACAGACACGAGAGAGAAAUACUUGCAUUAAAUAAAAUAAAAAUAAACGACCUAAGAGAAUGGUUUGAUAAGUACACGUGGGACGAAAAUUAUAUGAAAAAAUUGAGUGUACAUAUUAUAGGAACUGAUCCCAACAAAGCGCAAUCCAUUGCUUUGGAAUACAUAAUCGACGAACAUCAAGAGUAUAGAAAGAGUGAAGUAGAAGAAAAAUAUAUUACUAAAAUAGGACAAUACAAAAAAAAUCUUUAUGUUUAUCCAGCAAUUGAGGGAUACUCAACUUAG